ACAGGACGCACGGCUGACUAUUUUCUUUUGAAUUCAUGGUUGAUAGUGAAAUGGACCAAAUAGAGGAUGAUCGGCUUAUGGGUGGUGAGCGAAAGAAAAGCAGAGGCGAGUCUAGGUACAGAAGCGAUAGCAAAGAGCAAAGGCAUCGAAGCAAAAGCAGAGAAAGAUCUAGAAAAGAUCGCAGUAGUCGAAGUGAUCGCGAUAGGAGACGUGACCGAGAUGAUCGUCGUUCACGUAGCCCGGGAAGAGAAGAUGGAAGAAGAUCAAGCAGUCGCGAGUAUAGAACUUCACGCAGAAAUUCGUUUAGUCCUCCCCCAGAAACAGUUCCGCUUCAUUUAAGAUUGCGUAAAAUUGAAAACUGGGAUGUUCCUCCUGUUGGAUUUGAAGAGUUUACUGCCAUGCAAGCCAAGGCAUCGGGUCAGUUUCAGUUACCCUCACAUAUGCUCAAAACCACUACUGGUGGUUUACAUGAAAGAGGGGGUUAUCAAGCAAGUACCCAUGCCAUCAAUGCAACUAAUUUUGAUGCAGCAGCAGAGACGUUUCUCUCCAAUAUUGGUCUGAAUUCAGGCUCUGGAGAAGUAGGAUCACAUACAAAUGGCCGUGGAUUUGGGUCAACAUCUUUAUCUAGUGGUGUUAAUGUUGGAAUGGCCGGAGCUGGGUUUGGCAUAAACAGAGGUUUAAGCAUGGGAAUGGGAAUGAAUGGACGAAACCAACAGCCUAUUGCGCGUCAAUUUAAACGUCUGUAUUUUGGCAAUAUUCCCGUUGAUUGUAUAGAGGAGCGUAUUCUUUCAUUUGCUAGCAGUAGCUAUGAGAAGCUGGGCUUACCAAAAGAUCCUGGAAAUGCAGCAGUGAAUGCGUACAUUAACCGAGAGCGAAAUUAUGCAUUUGUCGAGUUUCGUUCACCAGAGGAAGCUACUCGUGCAAUGGCUUUGGACGGCAGUCUGUUUGAUGGAAACAUUCUCAAAGUGCGUCGUCCCAAGGACUAUAAUCCUGAAGCAGCCCCAGAUGGAGCUACUCAGCCUUCAAUAGCUCCUGCAACUAGUGCACAAGAAUCUCUUGACAAAAUCUUUGUUGGAGCCAUUCCCACCUAUCUUAGUGACGAUCAAGUACAGGAGCUUUUGAAAACCUUUGGAGAGUUGAAAACCUUUAGUCUUAUUCGUGAUUCUGCGACUGGUCUUUCAAAAGGAUUUGCCUUUUGUGAGUAUGUUGAUGGGCAGAUUACGGAUGCAGCAUGUCAAGGUCUUAAUGGUAUGGAACUUGGUGAGAAGAAGUUGAUUGUUCAAAGAGCAAGCGUAGGUUCAAACAAGAACACUAUAAGUGCGGUCGGACAGUCGCAGCUUCUCCCCAUGGAGAUUUUAGCAACCAUUGCCAAAGAUCCUUGCAAAGUGACUCGAGUUUUGUUGUUGUUGAAUAUGGUGGUGUCUGAAGAUCUUGUUUCGGAUGAAGAUUAUCAAGAUAUCUUGCUGGAUAUCCAAGAGGAGUGUGAAAAGUUUGGUACUAUUCUCGAUAUUGCUAUUCCUCGUCCAGUUUCGGGUCAAUCUAAUGCAGGAGUAGGAAAGAUCUUUGUCAAGUUUGACAAUGUAAAGCAAAGUGCAAGUGCACAACAUGCACUUGCAGGUCGCAAGUUUGCCGAUCGGGUAGUCAUUGCAUCCUUUUUCGACGAAGACAAGUUUGACCAGCAAGAUUUUUGAAAGUCUUUUUUAUACAAAUCAAUGAAACCAAUUAUUAAAUGUGCUCACUAAUG